AUAUUCCUGAGUCUCUCCACCCCUCCCCCAUUCGAUUACUUCCAAUCGUAAUGCAUGUGCAGAACAUCAUGCAUUACGCACGAUUCAAUGACGAUGAUACAGUUGAUGAUAAACGACUCUUUCGAGGAAAACGCGUUCGUCGCUUAACAUGCGAAGAUACGUUUUAUAAUCCCUACGUUAUCAAUUUCCCUUCUAUAUCUCGAGACAAUGGCCGACGAUCCAAGAGCCGAGAAGUACUUCCAGAUCCGCAAGACUAUUCAAAAACUCGUAUUUUUCAUGGGCGUUUGGCCAUCUGAAAAUUCCGGCUCCUUUUACCGUUGCCUACAUUACGUACCAGUUACUCUUUAUUGCAAUGCCAUUAUGAUAAUAUUGAACUCCAUAGCUCAUCACCUCGAUAAUGCAAAAAUUAUUACACUAAAUUUUGGAGUGAUUGCUGUUUAUCUACUGUGUGCACUAAAGGUGCUAUGUCUAGCUGUGAAUGUGAAAAAAAUGAUGUGGUUCUACGAGACAAUCGACGACCUUUGCAAUCAAUUUCUCAAAGACGGCCAAUUGCAAAAAUUUGUGCUGAAUGAUGUGACAGUGUACAGAUUUUUUUUCUGGUUUCACACAAGUCUGUGUGGAUUCAGUGGUACUGUACCUCUAGUCAUGUCAAUGGUAUCAGUUAUGAAUCAGAAGAUCCAUGAUAUUCAUCCGGUAAAGUAUAAUUUAAUAAUACCAGGAAUGUAUCCCUGGAAUGCCUCCAUCAAUGAAAUUGUUUAUGGGCUUCAUUUUGGACUCGAGUCCUACACACUCAUGUGGACGUUCUAUGUGGGAGCUCUGGUCGAUGUACUUUUCUCAUUUUCACUACUACAGAUGACAAUUCCACUCCGUGGAAUGUCUCAUGCUAUAAUACAUGUGUGUGAUGGAGAGGAUUAUGGGAGUGCAUUGCAUAGAUGUCUUGUUCAAUAUAGAACACUCAUACAAUGUCGGAAUAUCAUUGAAAAUACCUAUGGGCCCAUUAUUCUUGGUGUUGCUAUCACUGGUCCCAUUGCCCUUUGUUCACUCGCUUGGCAGGUCACACAGAUGGAGACAAUCAGCAAUUUUCAAAAAUUUAGAUUUGCUGUUCACGGAGUUGCUAAGAUACUUCAAGUAUUUUCGUACAGUUGGUCAGCAACAAUCCUGAAAGGAAAGAGUGAAGAUUUCCUCAGGAAAGUUUAUUCAUCUGAGUGGUACGGUAAUAGAGGAUUCAUGAAUACGGUUUUGACGAUGUUGAUUCAAAGACCGUUAACUAUCAAAGCAGGACACAUGCCUGAUGUUUCCCUUGGCAUGUUCGUCUUCGUGAGUAUGCUUCCUGUACCCACCAGGUCUGCAGGGCAGGAUAAAUGUACCAAUUGUCAUGCAGGUGAUGAAAACGACUGUAUCGUACUACUUAUUGCUGCAAACAAUGGAACAAAAAUCAUCGCAGUCAACAACAAAUUGAUCAACGACUGGAUGUACAAAUUCUACGUAUGAAGC